GCGCGCUCAGUCUUCUUGAUGUGAACACACCCCUUGUCUGUAAUGCGUCGGUAGGCUAUACUUCCUGGUAAAUUAACUAGUUUCUUCUAAAGAACGUUGACUUAAAACUUCGUUUACAGAUAAAGACGUAUGGUAUAAUAUCACGCAAUUUACUCAAACUCGUUAAAAAGAAAGAAAACAGGGUAAUUCGUCUGAAAAUGGGAAGCACCGUGAUGGAGUCCAACAAGAAGGAUAUGAAAACCUCGAAGAAAAAGAGAACACUACGCCUAAAUAUGCCAGACGUAAGUUCUUUCGCCUUCCCCAUACUGGACGGCAAGUCUGGAGGCUCGGGCAAGGAUGGCUAUCCAAAUGGAGAGGUCUGCAGCCACUCUGUCAGCCCAACUAAAGGACUCUUUGUGAGGGGUGGUCCUGCCGGUGUCAGCCAACCCUCCAGUCCCAUGGCUGCCCAGUCCCAGAUCAGCCCUGGCUCAUCCAGAACCAUUUCCCCCUACCUCUCCACCCACCAGGUCCCCUCACCACCCAAAUCCCCCCUUUGCCUCAGCUUCAGUGGUAUAUUCCGCUCUUCGCCCAACUCAUCAUCCAACUCUAGCAUCAAGCUCUUUUCUAGGACCAGGAAAGUCUCCGGCCUCUCGUCUUCCCCCACCCCACCCAGCACCCCCAGCCUGCACAUGCUGUUCCCCCAGGAGGUUCACCAGAGUGCCCCAGAGCGCCUGGAACGCUCCCUCUCAUCACCCCCACCAGACACCGGACAGCGCCUCAGCCUGCCAUCCUCUGCCAAGCCCCCCAUGUCCUCCUCCUCUCCGAUACCCUACGCUUUCCCACUGGCCCAAGCUACCUCACAGCCAAAUUUCUGCGGUUUAUUCGAAGGCAUGCUGGAGAAACUUGACCUAAACGAUGAUGGUGUUGCUGCUGAACCAGACAGAGAUAUUUACAUGCGCUUUAUGAAGUCCCACUGCUGCUAUGACAUCGUUCCCACCAGCUCCAAGCUGGUUGUGUUCGACACUGGCCUACAGGUGAAGAAGGCGUUCUUUGCCUUAGUGGCCAAUGGUUCGACACAUACAACGACACACAAAUUAGGUGAUUCAGAGAGGCAGUGUUUUGUAGGAAUGUUGACAAUCACAGACUUCAUCAUCAUACUACACAGAUACUACAAGUCACCGUUGGUGCAAAUAUAUGAGUUGGAAGAUCAUAAGCUUGAGACAUGGAGAGAAGUAUAUUUGCAAGAGACAUUCAAGCCUUUAGUGAACAUAUCACCCGAAUCAAGCAUAUUUGAUGCAGUGUAUUCCCUCAUUAAAAACAAGAUCCACCGGCUGCCUGUCAUCGACCCUGUGACGGGGAACCCACUUUACAUCCUCACACACAAGAGGAUCCUCAAGUUCCUACAGCUCUUUGUGCGUGAGAUGCCCAAGCCGGCUUUUAUGAAGCAGACUCUAGGAGAGCUGGGCAUCGGCACCUACAAGAACAUAGCCUUCAUCCACCCUGACACACCCAUCAUUAAGGCCCUGCAGAUCUUCGUAGAGAGGAGGGUGUCUGCCCUGCCUGUUGUGGACGUAUCUGGGAAAGUGGUGGAUAUUUACUCCAAAUUUGAUGUCAUAAACCUGGCAGCAGAGAAGACUUAUAAUAACCUGGACAUCACAGUGACCCAGGCUCUGAGGCAUCGCUGCCAAUACUUUGAGGGGGUCAUGCAAUGCCACAAACUGGAUACACUGGAGACCAUCGUGGACAAGAUUGUCAAAGCAGAGGUCCACCGGCUGGUAGUGGUGGAUGAUCGCUCGGCCAUCGAGGGCAUCAUCUCCCUGUCUGACAUCCUGCAGGCCCUGGUGCUCAGCCCAGCAGAUGCCUGCAGAGAGGAGGGCCUCCUGGAGUGAGACGGGGGGCUACUGCUGCUGGAAUCACAGAGGCUGUCCUACAAUAUAUAACUUGUAUUUUACAGGUAGCUGCCAAGAUAAAGGAAACACUUGAGUAAAUUAGGGAUACAAAGUCUAUUGAAAGCAGGUGCUUCUAAACAGGUGUGGUUCCUGAGUUAAUUAAGCAGCUGACAUCCCAUCAUGCUUAGGGUCAUGUAUAAAAAUGCACAGUUGCCCGUUAUUUUCUUACCGUGGCUAAAAUAAGAGAUCUCAGUGACUUUGAAAGAGUGGUCUCAAAGGAGCAUAGGGGGUUUAAAGUGGUUGUGUGUCUCCAGUGACCAGAUGUCAACCCAAUUGAACACUUAUGGGAGAUUCUGGAGUGGCGCCUGAGACAGUGCUUUCCACAACCAUUAACAAAACACCAAAUGAUGGAAUUUCUCUUGGAAAAAUCCCUUCUAUAUAAUUCCAGACACUUGAAGUGUGCAUUGAAGUGUGCAUUGAAGCUAUUCUGGCAGCUCGUGGUGGCCCAAUGCCCUAUUCAUAUAUUGGUGUUUCCUUUAUUUGGACAGUUACCUUUACGUCCAGAGCCCUUCAUAUUGAUGCACUAGACUUUGAAACCAAAGGGCUGGGCUGGAUUGGACUGCUACUGGGGGGUAAAUGGCUUUAAUACUGGAGGACCAGCAUCUCUCUGUCUGAAUGGAACUGGACUUGAUUCACUGUGGGGCUGAGCCAGUCUGAACUGUGGUUAUGUAUGUAUAUGAGGGCUAUAUACGUUUUGGUGUUUGUCUCAGUAUCAUGCUGCUCUGUCGUGUUAACAGUGCCUAGUCACUGGAUUGUUUCAAACCUUCAAUGAACAAGUAGAUUGACAGAUAUUGCCAAGGCAUCUUACUUGAUGAUACACACAAGCAUGUGUCUAAGUUCCCCACGGGAAAUAAUAACCUGUUUGUAUCUGUGGAGCUGGAAUGUACUGGACCACUAAAAGUGAUGGUUGAGUAAAUAACGUCAGUCUAUAUUCUAUGCUGUCAAACACAGACCAUUUAGACAAUAUAAUUGCAUUCUUCAUUUUAGUAUCAAAUGUGGCCAUAUUAUAGCAUGUUCUAUGAUAAGCCACAUGUUGCUAUAAUGAGUUGUUGUCCACACCCCUUUUAGGGGCUAUAUGCAGUCUCUCUGUCCAACCCUUAGUCACAGUGCCUUUUGCUGGCCCUGCCCCUGAACAUGGAAGCAAACGCCAUUCUCUAACCAUAAUACAUCAACUAAGUGUUCUUGAAGAAUAAGCAAGAUCUUGUCAAAAAUGUGUUCUCAUUUAACCUGAAGGAGAAAUUGCAGGUGUUCAUGCUUUAUCUGGUUAUGAUUGGAGGGGUUUUGUUUGUAUAUGAGUAACAUGCUGUGAAGAGAGACAGAACAGGAAAAAGGCUUUAUUUUUUGGAUAUAUAUAUAUAUAUAUAUUUUUGUAUUCAUUCUCGAUGACACUUGGGUUGAGAUUUAGAGCCAUUUAUUUUGUCCGCUUGAUGUACUUGAGCCAUGGAUCACUUCCAUCUCUAACAUCUAUAAAGCAAAAUGGUGGAUUCUGAACGGCUCUUGACCAGACUCCUGUGCUGUGGCCAGAGAAUACACCUCUGACAACUCAUCUCUAUUGUUUCACUGUAAAUAAGAAAGUUUUCAGGAAAUGGCCAGAGAAAGCUUUAUUUUUAUGUAACUUUAAAGAAAUCAUGUUAAAAUAACUGCAGUUUUAAUAUUAUUUUUGUAAAUAUAUUGUGGCAAAAUGAGCCAAUAUAAAUAAAGAUCAUUUCUCUUCAGAACAAGAUGUACAUGUGGAAGCAUGAGAAACGACACUAUAACAGUUGUGAAUGUUCUUUACGAUGACACUGAAUCUAUUUUUAUGUAAUGUGUUUAUUGAAUUGUAUUUUUGACUGUAGAUUUGCAUCACCAUAUUUAACUGUUUUGCAAUCCAAAUUAAACCUGUUUGGGUAAAUCAAUUAGCUUAUUAUGAUAAUCCUGAAUGCGGCAGGUUGCCUAGUGGUUAGAGCAUUAGGCCAGUAACCGAAAGGUUGCUAGCUUGAAUCCCCAAGCUGACAAGGUAAAAAUCGGUUGUCCUGCCCCUGAACAAGGGAGUUAACCCACUGUUCCUAGGCGGUCAUUCUAAAUACAAAUUUGUUCUUAACUGACUUGCCCAGUUAAAUAAAAAAAAUGUAAUUGAUGUAAUCUU